AUGAACGUGGAGCGGGGCGCCUCAGAGCUGCAGAGUCUGACAGAGGGGGAGACGCUGCAGCGCCUCGCGCGCCAUUGCAGGCAGAUGUGGCAUCAGUUGCCCAGUCCCCGGCAGAAUGGCUCCAUGCCAUCACCGCGGAUGACAGAUGCCGCUGCAAAGACCAGCGGCCGCAGCGCAGAAGGUGACUACGGCUCUCGGCUACGGGCUCUUCGGGAGGCAGCGGACCGCAUUGCCUGCCCCAACGGCAUCUAA